AUGGCAAAGAUCGACAAUUUGAUCGCGUGUGAGGUCAACCAGGAGCGACAAGCUCCAACACUUGUCUUCGGCGCCUCCGGCGUUUCUGGAUGGGCGUUCGUCAAUGAGAUACUCAACGACUACCCUCAGAAGAGCGUGUGGUCGGGCGUACACGCUCUGACGAACCGUCCACUCGAUCCCCAAGCAGCUCUGUGGCCCAAGGAUGAGAGGCUCACCGUGACUUCGGGCAUCAAUUUGCUCGAGGGAUCCCAGCAGAAUGUCGAGCACAAACUCGCUGCGAUUCCCGGCAUAAAAAAUGUCACACAUGUAGUCUACCUUGCCUUCAAAGCUAGCACCGACACCGCCGUCGAAGUGAAGGAUAACAUCGAAAUGUUCAAGCGCGCCAUCACAGCCGUCGACAGACUUUGCCCCUCGCUGGCUUUUGUGGUCAACCAAACCGGCUCCAAGACUUACGGUUGCCAUCUUCUUCAUGAUCGUCCAGAGUACCUGAAGCCACCUUUCAAGGAGGACGGCCCCCGACUGGGACCCCCAGGCUCCGAGACCAUUUUCUACACUACACAGCUAGAGUGGCUGACCGGGUUUGCCAAAGAGAAGACAUGGUCCUGGGCCGAGACAAGGCCCGAUAUCAUCAUCGGGUUCGUGCCGAACCAGAACUUCUAUUCACUGGGAAUGGCGCUGGGCUUCUUCCUCGCUCUGUACAGAGAGAAGCACGGCGCGGGCGCGGAGUGCCCCUUUCCCGGCACAGAUGCGUCUUGGAAAGCAAAGUGCCAAGAUUCCUCGUCGGACAUGAUUGCACGUCAGACGAUUCACAUUAUGCUCUCACCCAAGACAACCAAGGGACAGGCCUUUAACGUCGCCGAUGAGCGGAAGGCGAGUACAUGGGAGGACAAGUGGCCCGUACUAUGCAGCUUGUUCUCCCUCAAUGGGGUCAAGACGCCACAUGACAACCCGAUUGAGGUGCGUAAGUUUAUCAAGGAGAACUACGCAACGUGGGAGGCGAUGGAGGAAAAAUAUGGGCUAGUCAAGGGCCAAGCGGACAAUAGCCGUGUCAUCCCCGGCUUUGAGUAUUUUCUGCUCACAAUGUUUGAUUUGGAUCGGCAGUUUGAUAUGAGCAGGGUGUAUGAUGAGUUGGGCUUUGAUGAGGAGAGGAGUGUCAAGGAAACGUGGGAGCGGGUCUUUGCGAGGAUGGCUAAAGCGAAGUUGAUUCCAACGACUUCCAAGUGA